CGCUAAACACACAUCUAUCUUUGUUACCAAAAUUCAAAUCGUUGCCAUGAGUUUGCCAAGCCUAUCCAGCAGUUCCGUGUACGAGCCGUCGAGUAGCCAUGACGAGGAAUAUGAGCUGGAUUUAUGCAUGGAAAAGGAAACCAGAGAACAGAUUAUCAAGUGCAUUACAAAAAGCGAAGACGAAUCCUUCGAAGAGCUACCUGAAUGCAGCCUGAAGCAGAUGGGCUUCGCGGAAGCGAAGGAAGAUAUUUGCUUUAAGUUCGCUUGCAGCAGAAAGUACAUGGUCGAUGGAUUAACCGAUCUGCUGGAGAACAGGAAAUGCACCGAUCUGACGGUGCUUGUGGGCGAUCGAACCUUCCAUUGCCACUUACCGCUCCUGCAGGAGUGCUCCAACUUUUUUAUGCCAUUCCAUCGCAUGGAUGUAGUCAGCUUAAGCACGGACGUGGUCACUCCGGUGGGUUUUGAGAUUGCCUACGACUGGAUUAGCCACAACGACGCCAAGCUGCCGCGGCAACACAUUGUGGAGGUCUACUUGACCGCCACUUACCUGCACAUGACGGAACUGAAGUCACACAUAUGGAGUCGACUGGACAAUCCCAAGCUGCUCAAUGGACUCGAAGCCUUCAAGAUAUUUUUAGAGGCUUUGCCCUUCAAGGCGAGCGUGUUGCAGGAUCUGAUGUUGGGUCGCAUCCAUAACUACUUCCUGAUGGUCGUCGCCACGCAGGAGUAUCUCGAUCUGGAGCCGGAGCACGUCUACCAGAUGCUGAGCCACAUAAAUAUGUGUGUGAACUCCGAAAUGGAGAUGUUCAUGAGUGGUGUCCGGUGGUUGUUCUACAACUGGCCAAAUCGAAAGAAGUCGGCGGUGACUAUAAUGCAGGCCAUACGCUUCAAUCUGAUGCCUGCCUGGUAUAUUACUGUUUUGAAAACUCCACAAUCCGAUGAGCAGUUCCAGGAGUUGUUGGAUAUUCCGGAGGUGAAAUCGAUGAUCGAUCUGGGCCUGUCCUUUUCCAUAACGCACAACUUCUUGGAUCCCACAUCGCCGCUGAAGGAGCCGCUCCAGAUGAUGAAGCCCCUCGAGCGCCAGUGGGUCUUCAAUGCGGACACUCGGCAUCACCACCGAUACGAGUGUUCCAACUGGAGUUACCUAACAUUUAAGGUGUUCAACGAGUACUUGCAGUGCAUCAUCAUCGCUGGCGAUCGCUUCGUGCCCUCCCUGGAGUACCUAAAGCCUGGACAGAUGAUGGACUGCUGCCACGAGGCCUUGGAAAAGAAAUCGUUAAAUAAAUAAGCCGAAAGAGAGCA